AGCGACAGAUGGCGCGUGCCUCUCCCUCAGGGGAAGAAGCCAGUCUCCGCGUGUCAAUCACCGGCUCUCAUGUGAUGGCUCCUGCCAAUGACGUGCCAGCCAUAUGGGCCUGGCAUCAGAGCCGCUAUGUAACCCGCCCAAUCCCUCCUCGGAGGUGUCACACGGCUCUCCCUCCGCGCGUCUGGAGACACGAUCCGCGCGCGGCGUGUGGACGCGAUGCCCACCCGGGGAGAGUUGGUGCUGUGAACACGCGCGAUUUGCACGCCGAGCUCCACGGAGGUGUCUCUCCAUCAUGUUGAGCCGUCUGUUCAGCGACGUGUUGCCGGACGUGCAGAGGCUCGCGGCUGACUGGGCGGAGGACAGCGAGGACUGCAAGACUAAGGACGGGGACGAACCGGACGAACCCUGCGAGGGGAGCAGUCGCGCCGAGUCUGAGAUGGCGGGCGACGACGACGAAGACGACGAUGACGAGGAGGAGGAGGCCGAGGAGGAGGAGUGCGCGGACGAAAACGGCGCGGAGAAGCCCAAGAAGCGCGGGCCGAAGAAACGCAAGAUGACCGCGGCGCGCGUGGAGCGCUCCAAAGUGCGCAGGAUGAAGGCGAACGCGCGAGAGCGCACGCGCAUGCACGACUUGAACUCCGCCCUGGAUAACCUGCGCAAAGUGGUGCCGUGCUACUCCAAAACCCAGAAACUGUCCAAGAUCGAGACGCUGAGGUUGGCCAAGAAUUACAUCCUCGCGCUCGGGGAGAUUUUACGCAACGGGAAGCGACCGGAUGUGGUGACCUACGUGCAGAUGUUGUGUAAAGGUCUGUCUCAGCCCACCACCAAUCUGGUGGCGGGCUGCCUGCAGCUCAACACCAGAAACUUCCUGACCGAGCAGUGUUCGGAAGGGGCCCGCUUCCACGUGCCCGGCUCCCCUUUCUCCGUCCACCCGUACUCCUACCGCUGCUCGCGCCUCGCCAGUCCUCAUUACCAGCCCGGAUCCGCUCCCCUCAACCUGCGGGGCCACACCUAUGGGCAAGGGUAUGAGUCCGUGUACCCGCCGGGCGGCGCGUCCCCUGACUACAGCAGCCCGGACUACGAGGGCGCGCACAGCCCGCCCGUGUGCGUCAACGGCGGAAGGCAACAGGAGGCUGCGGAGACGGACCGGAACUAUCACUACUCUAUGCACUACUCCGGACUGACCGCGUCCCGACCCGGCGGCCACAGCUUACAUUUCGGGUCCUCGGGAGCGCGCGGCGGGGGUGCGCAUUCUGAAAACAUUCCGCCUUUCCACGAUGUGCACUUGCACCACGACAGAGCGCCACCUUACGAGGAUCUCAACGCGUUUUUCCACACUUAAAGCGCUCCGUCAGUCCAAACCAGAGGCUUACUGACAUUAAAGGACAAAUCAGUGUAACAGCUCCUCUGAUUAUCUUCAUCUUUAUUGUUGUACAUUUUGUAAUCGUGUCCCAGCGAAGUAUUAAUCAGUGCAAACCAUGUACAGGCCUAUAAACAUGUUAUGACGAAAACAACUGAAAUAAAAACUUGUUUUUUUUACAAAUCUUUGAUGGGAA